AUGUCCCAUACCCUUCCUGCCCCAUGGCAGGUCCAUCAAUUCGCCUCAGAAGGCGAUCGCCAGCUGCAUCUGGACUAUCUCCCGCCGCCGCAAUCGUCCUCCCGCCCGUUCCUCUUUUGGGUCCAUGGCGGCGGUUUCAUGUCGCUGAACCGAAGAUCGUACGCACCAUGGUACUUGGGCUUGGCCAAGAAGCUUGGCUGGGGGUUUGUCAGCGUCGACUAUCGGCUGUGCCCAGGUGCGACUGUGCUGGAGUCAGCGCACGAUGUCCUCGACGGCUGGACCUACGCGACGACGAAGCUCGAAGGAAUCGAUGGGCGUAAAGGCGUCGUUAUCUCCAGCAGCUCUGGUGUCUGGCAGGCGAUGCACUUGUGUGCCUCUGCCUCUCCCCGUCCAUGCGCGCUGAUCAACUUGUAUGGCAUCACCGACAUCGCUUCCUUCUCAACGCCGGCACCCAGCCCUACGUCGCACCCUUUCUUGGAACCUCCACACGUUUCGCAGGUCGAAGCGGCGCUGGAAGCGUCUAUGACGGAAUCGCCCGCUCUCACCGGCAUGCACUUUUCCUUUCGCAUUGCGACCGACCUCGACACCGAGGCCUGGAAGGCGCUGGGCGCGCGCAAUGGCAUGACGCUACAAGAGUGGCACGGCCUCGAAUUCGACCGCGAGAUGGUCUGGGAGCCCGAGAUUCUGCGCGCGCUCAUGAUCCCGCUGGCCAUCAACCGCGGUCUGCUGCCUCACGUUGCGCAGGGCGGCAAGAGGUUAGUCGCCUUUUCGGUGGACAAGCCUAGCGACGCAAAGGAGGUCAUCGAUCAUCAUUUCCCACCGACGAUUACGCUCCACGGAACGGCAGACACCUAUGUGCCCCACAUGGCUAGUGAGGUGUUGCAGACGCACCUCGAGAAGGCAGGCAUCCGCCAUGAGCUCAUCUUGGUUCCGGACCUCGGACACAAUGGAGAUGCAUCGUGGGAUCAGGAGACGGCGCAGGUCGAACAAGUGAGAAGCUUCAUCAGCGAAUGUGUGUAGCGAUAGCCCAUGAGGACCAGCAAAUACACUCCUGCACGGACACUUUGAUACAAUGAGAGACCCCGCGUGGUUGAUCUGGCAGUGCAAUUCUUAGAACGUAAAGACGAGAGGCGAGAGGGGCACGGAGAGCAGUCCCUGAGCCGGCUCAACACGCUGGAACCUCGGGUAAAGCCUAAAGAGCUUCUUAGUUUCUUCCAUUCGCGCUUCGCUGGGAUGCAGGCACGAUGAAAAAAAAAAGUCACCGCGCGCCACAUGCGUGUGGAUUUCUACUUUGUACAGGACAUGCGUCAAGAGCG